UCUCUCUCUCUAAAGCAAAGUAGAAUCUCUUGGAAAAGAUGGUACUGGAAACUCUGAAUCCAAUGCACUACAACAUCACCAGCCUAGUACCAGAUAUGAUGCCAGUGGCCACAGUGCCCAUACUCAUUCUCAUGUGCUUUAUGUUUCUAAUAUGGAAUCACGAAGAAACUUCGUCAAUACCAGGGCCAGGAUACUGUAUGGGAAUCGGUCCCCUCAUUUCACAUGCGAGAUUUCUCUGGAUGGGAGUAGGUAAUGCCUGCAAUUACUACAAUAAGACCUACGGAGAAUUUGUGAGAGUUUGGAUCAGCGGUGAAGAAACAUUUAUAAUUAGCAAAUCCUCAAGCGUGUCCCACGUAAUGAAACACUGGCAUUAUGUUUCUCGAUUUGGGAGCAAGCUUGGAUUACAGUGCAUUGGCAUGUAUGAAAAUGGGAUCAUAUUUAAUAAUAACCCAGCACACUGGAAAGAAAUCCGACCCUUUUUCACCAAAGCUCUCUCUGGUCCUGGUCUUGUGCGUAUGAUAGCAAUUUGUGUUGAAUCAACAAUUGAUCACUUGGACAAACUAGAGGAAGUAACCACUGAAGUAGGAAACAUCAAUGCGUUGAAUCUUAUGAGACGGAUCAUGCUUGACACAUCUAACAAGCUUUUUCUUGGGAUCCCUUUGGAUGAACGUGCUAUUGUAGUUAAGAUUCAAAACUACUUUGAUGCUUGGCAAGCACUUUUAUUAAAGCCUGACAUCUUUUUUAAGAUUUCUUGGCUGUGCAAGAAAUAUGAAGAGGCAGUCAAGGAUCUAAAAGGGGCAAUGGAAAUCUUAAUAGAACAGAAACGACAAAAACUUUCCACUGUUGAAAAGUUGGACGAACACAUGGAUUUUGCAUCCCAGUUGAUUUUUGCACAGAACAGAGGGGAUCUGACUGCCGAGAAUGUGAACCAGUGUGUGCUGGAGAUGAUGAUUGCUGCUCCUGAUACACUGUCUGUGACUCUCUUCUUUAUGCUAAUACUGAUUGCAGAGCACCCCACAGUGGAAGAGGAGAUGAUGAGAGAAAUUGAAACUGUUAUGGGUGACAGAGACAUACAGAGUGAUGAUAUGCCAAACUUAAAAAUUGUGGAGAAUUUUAUUUAUGAGAGCAUGAGAUACCAGCCAGUUGUGGACUUGAUUAUGCGAAAAGCUUUACAAGAUGAUGUAAUUGAUGGCUAUCCUGUGAAAAAGGGGACAAAUAUUAUUCUCAAUAUCGGACGUAUGCAUAAGCUCGAAUUCUUCCCAAAGCCGAAUGAGUUCUCUCUUGAAAACUUUGAGAAAAAUGUUCCUUCACGCUACUUCCAACCAUUUGGAUUCGGCCCUCGAGGCUGUGUAGGAAAGUUUAUUGCCAUGGUAAUGAUGAAAGCGAUUCUGGUGACUCUUCUGAGACGGUGCCGAGUACAGACAAUGAAAGGAAGAGGCCUUAACAACAUCCAGAAAAACAACGACUUAUCCAUGCACCCCAUAGAAAGGCAGCCUCUGCUGGAGAUGGUUUUCACACCAAGAAGAAACUCAAACAAUAAUCAGGGUGACUAAAACGGACCCCCCAUCAGCAUCAAAGUUACAGAGCUUUCUCAGUCACAGGCAC